GAUACGUUUAUAAGCAUUUUAGUUCCGUCUUUGAGUUUCAGCAAUAAACAUUUUACUUUGUCUCGGUCUGUUGAUCCCUUAUGGCGUAUAUAAGCGUGGUAAUUGUUAUAAUUAAAAUUGGAUAUUUAGUCGCCCUUACACCAUCGAUAAGGGGCGAAUACGAACACGGGAAACAUGUUCUGUUUUGUAAUGUUUCCGGCUUUGGAACGGACACAAUCUACUUUUUUGAAAAUGAAAAAUCUGUUGCAGAAAUUUCAAACAAUUUCAAUGAUUGCAAAACAAAACUACUUAAAAAUGCAAUGGAAUGUUAUUGCUAUGCGGAUUCAUUGGUUGCUUGCACUAUCGCUAUGCAUACGAACCCAAACUAUUGCUACACAUGGGCCUGUACUGCAAUUCACGACGGAGUUUUACAGCGAAGUAAUUCGAUAAAUGUGUGCACCAAUGACGAAAAUAACAACUCGAAGAAAACAACCGAAUUAGAUUGUUUAUCUGUCUCAACAAAUGUUCCCAUGGAUCCUGUUAGAUGGGUUGUAGAUAACACGUACAAUUUAGAUGCAGGGAUGUUAUUUCCAACGGAAGGUUUUAACAAAGAAAAUAUAAGUUUGCUGAUUGAAUCGAUGCAAAGAGAUGAAAAUGGCUCUAUUGUUGUAUGCCAACUUGACGAAGAGAGGCAACUGCAUUGGGCCAUCAACAUACUAUAUCCACCAGCACUAUGUUCUGCAUACGAGUCCAUUCAUUCAAUACAUCCCACAUGCACAUUGUCUAACGGCAACCCGAUAAUACAGAUUGUGAGAAGGGUCAAUGUGGCUCCAAAGUGUCGAGCAGAUUCUUCGACACUGUAUCCGGAUGUGUUGAUGCUUUGUGACGCUGUCAACAGGGUAAACACAGGAGCAGAAAGUUUUGUUGGAAAUAAGACUGGUCAUUUCAAGCUGGAGAUUUUGUACGAAGCAUCUAUAAAGGAAUUCCGUGUGGAAGGGUUCAACAUCAAGACAAACAUAUCGUCCAAUGAUCCUCGUCAAGUAACGUUUAAGUGCCAGGGUAAUGGUAAUCCACCUCCUGAAAUGACACUAGUACAUGACGCUGUGGAGUACGGCCGAGGAUAUUCACUGCUAACACAUACAAUGACACUGAAAGGAUCCGAUGAUUGUGGAAACUAUACAUGCAUAGCCGCUAAUGCAUUCGGUGUAGGCAGUGAGACGAUUCACAUCAGCUGUCAUAAAGAAACAUAUUUUCAUCAAGAUCUGCCUCAAGAUGCUACAACAAUCAUCCAGCUUAACUACAUCGUAUUAGCUGCAGCAGGCGCGUUGGUUCUUAUUGUGAUAAUUGUGGCCGUUGCAUGCGUGUACCGAAUUUAUAAACGAAUGAAGUUAACAGAAAACGUCGUUUUACCAAUGACUGACCUUUUGACAACAUCAGCAACUGCGGCACCAAUACCUGUUAUUGAUCAGAGUGUGAUUUAUCAUGAGAUUGACCCACUGAUGAUUGAGUCCGAUAGGGCAGACCUAGACGACAGUACCAGAAAUGCUUCACAGCCUUCGUUCAAUGCCGGAACAAGACAAUACGAAGGAUUAGAUCGUUUGCGACAUGCGGAUGAAUCACAGUACCUGAGAGUGGUUGCUGAUUGAUAUAACCAUGUGUGCUAUUUUAUAAAAUGUAUGUCUUUUAAACACUUUUUGUACUGACCCUCAGUCAUAUUACAAACAUGCCCUUUAAACAUGAAACACAACGUAUGCCACGGUGAAUCCAAGUCUUUGAAUAAGUGUCACAUAUACAUGAUUUAGCAAUUGUGGUUAAAUCUAAUAGUAUGUGUACCUCCACGACAUCGCCAGGAGAGAAACGUUUGACAUCGUCACAAGAUCAUUUAUUUACAGCAAAUGAAGUGUACAUUUAUAACUCGGCAUUAUAAAUGAGACAACAACUUUCUACCAUAGUUUGAUUCGGUAUUUUUAAAAAAAACAUCUAUACAUGAAACUGACGGCAAUUGCGUGUAUUGUGUCGGUAUAGUUGAAGCACUUCUGGUUGGUCGGUGCGUAAAGAUGUGCAGUUGUUUAUCAUGUGCUUUGGUAAUUGAUAGUGAUUGAGUUCAUGGGUUGGUAUUUCAUUCAGCUGAUUUUAAAUGUUCUGAUUUGAAACACUGAGAUUGAAAUACCCCGAAGGAAAGUAACAUCUUUAGAAAAUAUAUCACAUAUUUUAAGGAAACUGGGGUUUUUGCAUUAAUUUUGUUCAGUUAGACCUCAAUUCUUCAUGAAUAGUUUUUGCGACGCCUUGCGCCAGUGACUUCGCUUAUCCUUAUUGCGUUACAAAAGGAACGCUGAUUCUGGAAGGUGUGAUGAUCAGCCCGCACAACCAGCUCUCGAUGCGCUAUACUCUGCGAUUGUGAAAGUAACUAUUAUAACAAUAAGAAUCAGUAUAUAGAGGAUAUUUGUUCGUGUCAGGGUGAGAUCGUUUGUUAUUUUACGAGUAAUCGUAGAAAAUAUUUUCACGAGUGGCGCAGCACCGAGUGAAAAUAUUAUUUUUCUAUGAUCACGAGUGAAAUAACAAAUGAUAUUACACUGACAUAAACAAACUUAAUGUUUAUUUUAUGACCCUGUUUCAAGAAAAUAAUAAGCGGUUUCCCUUUCGCUGAAAGUUGCAUUUUCUCCCGUGGCGUGCCUCAAUACAUUUCAAAACACAAAAUGACGUCUUAUUGUACCCUGACAUUAAGUACAUGCAUUUAAUUCUAUGGUGCUUGACUUGGUGAUUGUAUGCGUUGCUGAUAGCUGAUUUUAUCGUGUUGUAUAUUUUUUUUGCUUUAAAAAAAGUAUGUGGAUUUGCAUAACGUACACAAAAACAAAACUGAUAUCCUAUUAUGCAUGUUCUUCUUGACAUUCUUUAUGUUGUGUGGUGCAUUGUUCUUAUUUAAACUUUUACUGUGUUUCCUCCACUUUGGCUACGUACUAUAAGGCGAGAGGAGCACUAUGAAGACUGUUUAUACAGCUUGGUCAACCAACACAAAGAAACAUGAUGACAAUGGUAUGAAGAGACUCAGUUAUUACAAUGGUUUUCUUUUCAUAUAUUUAUGUUUUUCAAACACAAACAAGUUCAAGUACAUUUUUUCAAAUUAACUGUUCUCACUAUUCAUUAUUCUAUUCUUUAGCCCAUUUCUAAACGGUUAUUUUGAGUGAAUUUUGAUUUACAGCAGCGUUUAGUUUUGUAUUCAGGGUAGUAGCGUAAGCGGAUAGGGACACCACACACUUCCGAGGCUACUAAGUUAUAGGAUUUGAACACUUUAAUGGGAACUUAAAAUGACCAGUUAAAAUGUCAACAUGAAUAUGUAUAUAGUUAUAAAUAUGUUCAUGGAUUAAUGGAAAGGAUUUGUGAAGUUUUAUUGAUAUCAUUUUAUAUAAAGUUUGUAUAAUGUUUGGAAGGUUUUGUAAAUAACUAUUGUUUUAUAAAAUAAAACAGAUCACAUGUA